AGAUGUUACUGAUUUUGUCGCGGGAAAUACUUUGUUCAGUAGACCAAGAAUACCAUCCAUGGCCAGAAACAGAAACAGAAACAACUCACGAUAACAAUAUAAUAUCAUCGCAUUCUUGUAUUCACGACGAAAUACUCAAACAAAGAAGGCGACCGGGUAAGAAGAUCUAUUCGGUCACACCACAAGUUUAUGAUCAGGCAGAAGAAGUCUCUAAGCCCCUUCACCGAAAAGGAAGAACUUUACUUGGAUUCUCAACUGCCCAAGAAAAUAAGCAAGUGAAUAAACCUAUUAGGAUUUAUUUAAACUAUGAUGCUGUUGGACACACAAUUGAUAGAGAUUGCAUCAAUGUUGGUGAUGUAGUUAAGCUUGGUGAGCCUGCAAAUUCUAAUCACCUUAUGCCCUUUUGCAAUCCUGAUGGAAAUCCUCAAGUUUCCGGAGAUUGUUUGUACAAUUGCACCUCAGAUGAUAUAUCCGGUGAAGACAAAAGGCAUCGUCUUAGAAAGGCUUUGGAGAAGACGGCUGAUUGGUUCAAAAAGGCUUUAGCUGUCGAGCCUGUGAAAGGGAAUUUAAGGUUGAGUGGUUAUUCUGCUUGUGGACAAGAUGGAGGUGUACAACUUCCAAGGGAAUAUGUUGACGAUGGUGUUCCCGAAGCAGACCUAGUUCUUUUGGUAACAACAAGACCCACAACAGGAAACACUCUAGCGUGGGCAGUAGCAUGUGAACGGGAUCAAUGGGGCCGAGCUGUUGCUGGACAUGUGAACGUUGCUCCUCGUCACUUAACAGCCGAAGCAGAAACACUGCUUUCGGCUACACUUAUACACGAGGUUAUGCAUGUUCUUGGUUUUGAUCCUCAUGCAUUUGCUCAUUUUAGAGACGAGAGGAAGAUAAGACGCAGCCAGGUUACGGAACAAGUCAUGGAUGAAAAAAUCGGGCGUAUGGUUACACGUGUGGUCCUUCCUCGUGUUGUGAUGCAAUCACGCCAUCAUUAUGGGGCAUUCUCGAAAAAUUUUACUGGCUUAGAGUUAGAAGAUGGUGGAGGACGUGGCACAUCGGGCUCUCAUUGGGAGAAAAGGCUUAUGAUGAAUGAGAUAAUGACGGGUUCAGUUGAUACGAGAUCAGUAGUUUCAAAUAUGACGCUUGCCUUGUUGGAAGAUAGCGGUUGGUAUAAAGCUAAUUAUAGUAUGGCUGAUCGUCUUGAUUGGGGCAACGGAGAAGGAACCGAGUUUGUUACAUCUCCAUGUAACUUGUGGAAAGGAGCAUAUCAUUGCAACAAUACUCAGGUUUCUGGAUGUACUUAUAAUAGGGAAGCUGAGGGAUAUUGCCCAAUUGUAAGCUAUAGUGGAGAUCUUCCUCAAUGGGCUCGAUAUUUUCCACAAGCAAACCAAGGUGGGCAGUCAUCACUAGCUGAUUACUGUACUUAUUUAAUAGCUUAUUCCGACGGAUCAUGUACAGAUACAAACAGUGCUCGAUCUCCCGACAGAAUGUUGGGUGAGGUCAGAGGAUCUAACUCAAGGUGUAUGGCUUCAUCGCUGGUAAGAACCGGGUUUGUACGAGGCUCAACAACCCAAGGAAACGGUUGUUAUCAGCAUAAAUGUUUUAAUAACUCGUUACAGAUUGCCGUUGAUGGUACAUGGAAAGUAUGCCCUGAAGCCGGUGGCCCAAUUCAAUUUCCGGGUUUUAAUGGGGAAUUGAUUUGCCCCGGUUUUAAUGAACUAUGUAGCACGAGACUGGUCCCCGUGUCUAAACAGUGCCCUAAUUAUUGUAACUUCAAUGGAGAUUGUGUUGAUGGAAAAUGCAGCUGCUUUGUGGGGUUCAAUGGUCACGACUGUGGUAAAAGAUUUUGUCCGAAUAACUGUAAUGGGCACGGAAAGUGUCUUAAAAACGGUAUCUGCCAAUGCGACAAUGGGUAUACUGGCAUUGAAUGCUCAACUGCCGUGUGCGAUGAACAAUGUAGCCUACACGGAGGAGUAUGCGAUAAUGGAGUAUGUGAAUUCCGUUGCUCAGAUUAUGCUGGUUAUACAUGUCAAAAUAGCUCCACCCUUACACCAAGCCUCCUGUUUUGUAAGCAAGUGCUGAAAAACGACGGACCAUGGCAACAUUGUGCCCCUAGUGAGUUAAGCAUAUUGCAACAGCUCGAAGAAGUGGUUGUAAGUCCAAAUUACAAUAGACUCUUGCCCGGUAUUGCUACCGGACAAUGGUGGAGAAGGCUUGCCAAGCCUCGGGAUGGACACUGUAAAUCAGCUGCUCAACAACUAGCAUGUUGGAUCUCGAUUCAGAAGUGCGAUAAGGAUGGUGACAACAGGCUUCGAGUGUGUCAUUCAGCUUGUCGGUUAUACAACUUGGCAUGCUCGGCUUCACUGGACUGCUCGGAUCAGACCUUAUUUAGUAACGAGAGUGAAAAAGAAGGGCAAUGUACAGGGUCGGGCAAGAUCCAAUUGCCAUGGUAUUCCAAGUUUAGGUUGUUGAAGUUCUUGAUAUGAUAGGUUCCUAAAAGUGGGUAUUUAUGUAAAUUAAUGCAGUUUUUUUUCUUUCUUUUUGUUGUUGUAAAAGGUGGGUUAAAAAUAGGUUAAUUUUAAGGUAGAAAAUAGCACAAAUUUCAAAGUGCUAUAGAAGUAGAGUGUUUUGUAGAGAAAAAUGCAAUUAGUUGUAUGAAAAAAAAAGAAACUUGGUUGAAAUGUUAUAAUCUAUGCCGAAGGCUUUAAUUCAAUUUUA